CGUACUACUACAUCUUCACGUAAAAUAUACUUUCCUGAAGCGUUUUUUCUCUGCGUGAACCUGUUUUCUCCUAUUCAGGACAAUUGGGUUUUUCUUUUUUAAGUAAGAAAUUAUAGUUCUUAGUACACAUCAGCAACAUCAUGGAAGAGCGGUUAGUAGCGCACAAGAUGGAAGAAAGUGUAAACAAGAUGGAAGAACGUGUAAACAAGAUGGAAGAACGUGUAAACAAGAUGAAGGAAAGCGUAGGAGCAGGUGGUACUACAGUAGGUGGUGCUACCGCAGAUAUUGGAGAAGUCGGAAGCCUAGGCCUUGGAGGAGUGAACAACAAGACGGGCGACUCCAUGAUUACGGAUGGAAGAAGAAGAAGGACUAAGGUGUAGUGUUGCAGUGUAGUUUUGAGCAGUAGCAGUGAAUCUCAACAACUUGAGCACUCGUGUAAGUAGUAAUUUCUCUCGGGACAACGCCUAUGCUGUCUUUUCGGGACGAUAUGUGUUUCUUGGGACGAGGAGCUUUCUCUCAUAUUCUACUCCGUGGGAGUUUUUCCUUACAACAAUACAGACUCAGGGGGUCACCGAUCAGAUAGAAGGACAACCGAAAGGUAUACUUCAAGAAAGUACGACUAAUACAGUGUUUGUCUCAUCUAAUGCUUGCGGCAGCGCAGCUUCACCUCCGCUGGGACACACGACAAGCAGCAGUGUAGCCACGUCUGUAGCAACGUCUGCACCUGCAACCCCAUUGGAGGCAAAGCAACGGUCUUUUCGCGUACCUAAGACGCACAGAGAGUGGAUGGAGAUCUUGAACGCGGAAAGCCCCUAUCCCAGACCUCCCUCAGCAGUGUCGAAUUCAACAGACUCAGCUCGAAAUUUUCUCGCGCAUCCACCGUCGUCGGCGCCAUGUACUGAUAAUCAGCUGCUGCUUGAGAAAACCCUACUACAACAACUUUACGACAACUCUUUCCAACACUUUCCUCCUUAUCACAACUCUCCAUCACAACUCUCCAUCACAACUCCCCAUCACAACUCUCCAUCACAACUCUGAUAAUCUGCUUGUUUGAUGCUGGUUCUUGGAUCAUAAGGCUCAGUUUGAAAUUUUUUCUACCUGCACUUAGGAGUUAACGAUGUUGAUUCACCAGAAUCCCUCCAUUUCCCCCAACAUCAACUCCCCAUGACAACUCCCAUCUCUCCAUUUCCAACAGCAUCAACUCCCCAUCACAACCCCCCCUCCAUCCCAUCCCAGCCUCAGCCGGACCCAGGAAGACGAGCGUUCCGCAUUUGUUGUCGACUCCGUUGCCUUCUAUCACCGAUGAGACAUUUGCGGAUGGAAAAGCAAUUACUUUCGAAGAACUGAGACAAUUACCUUCCACCGAAGCCGCACCGCGAAUCAGCGAUAAAAUUAACUAUGAUGUAUUUAUAUUUAAUGAGAGAAUCUUCUUUAGUAGACUUGUUGGUUCUAAUAGGCUCGUUGUAUUGCCGAGAUCUUCGAAAGACAAUCCACUUGUAAUUUUCGUAUCAAGAUUCCCCUCGACGAUCCAAAGUGAUAAAGACUUGACUCGACUUACAAGACACUCCGAUCCAGAGUGAAAAAAAGAUACCCAACUUUGCUUCAAUUUCUGUUAGCAUCUCACCCACGACGACCUCUUCAGAUCCUGCAACGCGCUUCUGAGCGGAAGCGGAAAGACAAAAUGAGGGCACAAGGAGGUGAAAUUCGUGCUGGCGAGGUGCGUGCAGGAGAACGGGGCAGAUGCUUUUCUUCCUCAAGGUCAACCGGAGCGGAGACACCUAUUCGCAAGAAAAGCAACGAAUUUCUAGAGAGAAUCGUCAUGGAUUAUCGUUAAGGCCGCCUAACUCAUAAGGAGGUUCUUGUUUUCGACAGAUGUUCAAGGGUUAAUAGAAGUGUCUGGACAACGGGAUAAUAAAUACAUUUGAUAAGUGUCUGUACAACGGGAUGGAUGAUUAAGAACUGAGUCCUCGCAAUAGGGUAUUAUCCACCAAAUGCAGAAUCUGAUUGGUCUUCUUCCUCACACUCCUUCCUCUCGCACUCUUUCGACUGAAACGUCAUUUUAGAAAACUCUACAAUCCUACCUCUCUCUAUGCCUAUCGUCCCUAUAAUGAUCUAAGGGUGAAGAUAUUAAUGUAGCCCCUUUACCUCUUGAAUAGGUACAUCAAUCAAUGAAUCAAAACGGGCCCCACUCUAACCCCCUCUGGAGAAGAGUGGCAAGGACCAAUUGACAGCGACAACAGCGACUAGCUGCGGAGGUGGGUACCAUGGGCAUUUGAGCGACGCGUCGUCGGUUUUGAGCGACAGUUGUGGGGAUUUUCCUCUACCUUCAGAGAGUGCAAAAGCAGCAGGCACCCUUUGGUCCAGAAGGAUUAGUGAAGAUUAUGGCGCUGGAGUAGGUAUAGUUGACUAGUGAAGACUAUGGGUCUGGAGUAGGUAUAGUUGACUAGUGAAGACUAUGGGUCUGGAGUAGGUAUAGUUGACUGUUGUAUCUACUACAGUGUUUUUGCAGAAAACGUGGAAAAAACACUAGGAGUAUAGAAUGCUACGUGGAAGAAAGCACUAGGACGUGGAAUUGGAAACUAGAGCACAUGAGUGAGGAAGAUUUCACGAUACUGGUGGUGAUUAUUUGGUGCAGACUUGAUGUCAUUGCUUUAAAGUCGCCCCUGAUAGGCUUUAAGCAAGCAGCUGCAGAUGCAGCAAUGUAGAAAGCACUUUCUAAAGUUCAGCUAUCGUAGAACUCUUGGUUCUGUUGCUUCUAAUCUAGGAGUAUUAUAGAUUUCAGCUGUUCAAAACUAUAUUAACACUGCCCUCUUAACACUUGGAAUUCACGAGCCUUAGAGCUUUCAGAGUUGUGAAGCUGAAAUUUAGGAUCUCAAAUCUCUAAAUUUUCAAUUUCGAACUCAAACUAUCCAAGAAGUUUUGAUUAUAUCUCAAAAUAAUUCAAUUUAAAUCCUGACGAUGAGAUUGGCAAGAGUAGCGAUUCUGCAGAAGACUUGUUUUCUUGGAGCAAUACGACCUGUGCUGAAAAAAUAUGAAACACGACUGAAAAAGCCGCAAUAGACGUCGUUACAGCCCCAUUAUAUCCUGUACCUAGAAACGUAAUCGAGCAAGAAGAUGGCCUCGUCGCUCCUCCUCCUCCUCCUCCUCCUCCUCGUGAUAUCUAUAGUAAGUACUCUCCUUGUGCUUUAGCGUGCGGAUCUUCUAAUCGCAACGCGAGAUCUCCAUCGGCGGCCCAAUCUUGGAGCAGGAGACGGAGACAGAGGGACGCAGUUCAGGUCGGACGUCACGAGGGAGUUCGCGCACUAG